AUGCUUAAAUAUCAAAAGCCAUAAACGUGCUCCAAGCAACUUAUCUCAUAAUUAAUCGAAAGGGCUGAUUUUUUUGGAAUCCUCCCUUAAUUCAGGAUUUUGAAGAGAUAAAAGUUCUCCACACCAUUAGGUUAAAUUCUUACUAUAAUGUUGUGCUGUGCUUAUUUAUAUUACAUUGUUUAUGAAAUAUUGAAUUUAGCAAAUAGAUACAGUCCCAGAGUAGUUUUUUCUGAAUAUCAACCCUCCAAUACUUCAGUAUGAAUUCUUGUUAUAUAAAAGCCUUUGUAUUUAAGCAAGAAUAACUUUACGUUUGCCUUGACAAUCACUAAUCCAGAAUUAAUGUCUUUGCAAACUUUAAACAAAUAUUUUACCUUAGCUGUUUAAAAUUGUGUAAGAAUUCGCUCUUUGAAUUAAGAAGGAGUAGCCUAAAUUAAUUACAAGUAAAAUGCAUAAAUUUAUGAUCUAGUUGUUCAACCAUCCCUCUCGAGCCUUGCCAAAUGGAUUAGCAUUUUAGAGAGUAGUACCAACAAGAUUAUUUUCAAAAGUUUAAACUUGAAUACAUGUAUUGUCCUGAGAUCAAAUAGUGGGAUUAAAUGGCAAUGGUAUGUUUAUGAUAAUGCAUUUAAAGUAACUGUAAGGAUUUAGUCAAGAGGAUCGAUUUUAAUUUUUGACAGUAACCUUAAGUAUCUGCAAAAAUUCUACUACUUAUUAAGGCUGCGCACCUCUAGAGGAAAUCAAUAGUAAAAUGCAGGCAGGAUUCUAUGUAUGAUAGUAUUUAAUGCUUCUCUAGGUAUUGUACUUAAGUGAUACAUUAAUCCAAAUGCAUUCCCCAUCUAAACCUUAUCAGGAUGCAAUUUCUGUUUAGUAUACUCAAUUUUCACUAACCAAUUCUAAAUCCAUUCAUUCAACCAUCAAAGUAACCGAAACCAACACUGAUUAUGGUAUAAUUAAGACAAAUUAUGUAUUGGACACUGCCUUAUCGUAAUCCACUAUAAAGGAAGAUAGUUCACAGUAUAAUAAUCAGUACUUGGUUCAAAACUCUAUCUUCUUGGAAUAAAGAAGAAACCAAUAUGAGAGAAGCUAUUUAAAACUGUAUACUGUACUGGGACAAGUUGGAGGCUUAUGGUAGAUUACAAUUCUGUUCAUAAAUUGCAUAUUUUAUCCCAUAUUGUUCUCCUCCAUGAAUUUGGCUAUGGCUAAUAAGAUCUUUAGGUUUGAAAGCAAGGAUUCCCUUGACUUUGAUAUAUUGUCAGUCGCCAAAUCAGUUCCAGUUGGAGGGCAACUCAAUAAAAGCGAUGGGAAAGAUUUUCAAGAUGAAGUUUUAAGAUCAGAUAAUACCCUAGUAAGGAAUCCUUUUGUCGAAUUCUCGAAAACUUAAAGAGAAAUCAAGAAUUUCUUAAGGAGGAAAAAGUGUUCUUUAAAUUUUACUUUACUUGAUAAUAUUAAAUUCUAAUUUGGUUGUAAGAAGGAUAAAUAAAGACAAUUAAAAUAUGCUAUGAAUAAAAUAAUAAAUAAGUUAGAUAUUUGUUAAUUGAUUACGAAAUUCAAUGAACUAGAUAAGUUGAAACAUAUCUUACUCAACAAAGACCAAUUAGCUCUAUUUAAUUAUAUUCCAAAACCUAUGAUACCCUAUGAUAUGUUCGAUGAAAAUUUUGAAAAUAAAAUUAAGGAACUAGAGCAAAAGCAAGAAUAUAAGUUUAUCUUGGAAAAUGAAAAACCAGAUGUGCUCAGAUUAGAUGAUGCUUAUGAAGCCUACUCAAGAGUAAUUACUAAAUAGAAUCUCACUGCAACAGAUGAGGCCAUUCUAUAAUUUAUGGAUGAUGAUAUUAAGAGAUUAUUCUCUAGGAUACACUCAAAUUAAUUUGAAAUGGUCUGUUAGAAUUUCUAAUCAUCACAACUAUUUAUGAGAAACAACACCGACAGAGUCGAAAUUCAAGAUGAACCUCAAAUUCAAUUAGUAUUCGGCAGUAUUACAAGCAAAUAGUAAUGA